GUUAUACCCAAGGGUCUGAUUGGUCCUUAUUAAAAGGAACUUACAUUAUAACCUGAAAGCUCUCGCUGGUGAAUAGAAACAACUAUGCUAACUGUAGCUAACGUUAGCCGCCUGCAGAGCUAGCUAACGUUGUGCGCGUUUAUCGAGAGCAUGUCCCUUGUCUGUUAUUGUGUCUCUUCUAUGUUCACGUGCCUGCACUGACACACUGGAGUGGCUGAUUGUUGCUCCACCAGGCCUCCUCGUAUCUCCUCUCUCCGCUCUGAGGCUUGGCUGUCUGCAGCUCCGUCGCAGUGAGUGGCUGGAUUUAUUUUUUUAUUUUAUUUUUUCUCCCCGGGCCCGUGUUUUCCCCGAGUCUGCGGAGCACACUGCUAUGAACCCCGUCAAUGCUACCGCUCUGUACGUGUCCGCCAGCCGGGCCGUGCUGCAGUGUGACCCGCGGCAGCCUCACACCUUCACAGAGAUGUACAAGCUGCUGCCCUUCUUCAGACAGUCCGUGGCAUGCCUAGUCUGUGGUAAGCUGCUCCAGGAUCCCGUUUCCCCAACACACGCAGAGUGUCAGCAUUUUGUUUGCUUGGGCUGUAAAGGCCAGAAGAUGCAGAUAAGGCCGCCAUGCAGCCGCUGUAAGGAUUAUUCCUGCUUCCAGGAGAACAAACAGCUCUCUUUGCUGGUGCAAUGCUACAGGAAGCUCUGUCUCUAUGUAACUCAUUCGCCGCUGCUGCAGUCGAUCAGCAGCCAUGUGGGAGGGUCUCCAGAGGUUCUGGCCCUGCUAGAGGAGGUGCUAAUGUCACAUGAAGAGGAGAUAGAGACGGAAGACCCAAGCCUAGCACAGGAAAAUGUGAAUCCAUCUGCCCUUAAGUACCUUACCCCCACAGAGGCACCACCUGCUCCUGCAGAGCUGUCAGCUGUACCCCAGAGCUCCUCCUCGGACCCUCCUCGUUCCAAUGGACCACAGGAAUGCAAUGGAGAAAUGCUGGAGGACCUGGAUCCUUCUUCUCCUGAGCUGGAAGUAUGUGAGCUGGUAGAGGAGCAGCCACAGGCAGGCCUGUCUGUGUCAAGUACUGGUUGUGGUGGUCUGGAACUGAGUCUGACCACUGGACCUUUAGCCCCAACGCCAGGCACUGUGUGCUCACUCAGGGAUGGGGAAUCUGGCAGCAGGGAGCUGGAGGAGGGGGAGGUGUUGCUUCUCAGUGUGGAGGAGGUGUUACAGACUUUGGAUCCCCUUCAACCUGGUCAAGAUUCUCCUCAUACACAGCCAGAGCGCAUGCACACGCACCCACACAUAACUACGGACAGAGCACACACUCCAAUGUACAUACAGCUAGACUCGACUCACAACUACACGCAUAUUCAAACUGACAGGACUAACACGGUGGCAAGUCAUGGUGCUCACAUACACGCAUCUUCCUUCGAUCCCCCUCCGACCUCCAAGCCCCCGCCAGUCCGCCUUAAACGAAAACGUUCUCGUUCAGAGAGUGAUAGGGAAAAGGUGAAGCCCCUCCCUAUCGCCUCCAUCCUACAGGGCCCCUCGGCACAUUUACACACUCCAAACCCUUCUCAGACACUGUACAUGCAACCACCCACACCCUCCUUAACUGUACCAGCACACACAUACUCGUCCCUUCCUAACGGGGUGCCGCCCAAGCUCAGCCGGCCUGCGCCGAACCACAAUAAAGCUGCCAGAAAGCAUGUUGAUGCGGGCCCUAAGAAGCCCCAUGCGAAGGCUCGCAGUGGUGGAGGCUCCAAGUCAAAGGACGGAGUCAAAGACCAGCGGUUGUUGUCAGGCUGCCUUGUGCCCCCAGCGCCUGUUAGGCCUCCAUAUAAGAAGCCUGCGGAGAAGAAGGGCUGUAAGUGUGGCAGGGCCACCCAGAAUCCAUCUGUACUGACAUGCAGGGGCCAACGCUGUCCCUGCUAUUCAAACCGAAAGGCAUGCUUGGAUUGUAUCUGUCGAGGUUGCCAGAACUCUUACAUGGCCAACGGGGAGAAGAAGCUAGAGGCCUUCGCCGUGCCAGAGAAAGCCUUGGAGCAGACGCGGCUCACACUCGGCAUCAACCUCACCAGCAUCACCGCGGCGGCUGCACUCCGCAACCCGGCAACCACCAGCAUCCGCGCUAACACCCUCCUCAACGUCGCCACAGCAACCGGGACCCCUGUAACCACAACAUUUCUGUCGCCCAGCCCCCCACAAGAGCCCAACUAUGAGGACAGCCUGGAGCUGCUGAUUGGAUGAGAGGCUAGGGACUCCCAAAAAACAGACAGCUCGAUGCUGAUUGAAUGUGACGGCUGAUCAUUGUGUCUGUCAAGACAACCUGUACCUCCCCACUACCAGAGGGGAGGCAAUAAGGCAGCUAUGGGUCUGUCCUGUUCUGUAACCUGCUCUCCUUCUGUGUUGGAAAAUGCUGAGUAGUAAGACUAGCAUGGGUGUGCCAAAGCCUCCUGUAUUGUGCCUGUGUGCCGGUGUGUAUUGUUGCCUGUCUGUAGUUAAACACUUAUACUCAGUUCCAAGGCUGUUCUGUACUCCAGAGGUGCUUUUUUUUUUUCGUUCAUAAACCACAGACAUACUAUUAGAGGCAAUAGGAACCCAAAUCAGUUUUUUUUUGUUUUUUUUGUUAGUGUCUGCGCACCAUUAUAGAUUUCAGUGUGCGCAUGUGUGAUUUUUGGUGCAUAAUGAUAACAAAAAAAACCGCAUCAUCAAAUCUCGUCACCUGUCACAGCAUUUUCCAUGUUUGAGUAUUACUCCGUGUGUAUUUAAGAAGUGCAUAAUCGGUAUCAGGACGGCCCUUACUAAUCCUUAACCCUGUAUGUGUUCACACCUUAAUUGUGAAUGAAUCUUGUGACUAAUCUAUGGAGAAGUUAUGUCCCACACAAGACUCUAUGCCUUUUCUAUCUCAUUAACUCACUCAAUCAAAGUACUGUUAGACUGAUAAUGAAUUUGUCUUAAUGAACUUGACUGAUGCAGGCAUUGUACAGGCAGCGAGAUAAUGUCAAAGCACUUGGCUGGCUCCACAGUUUCUGUGCAUGUAAGAGAGUGUGUGUAUGUUUGUGUGUGUGUGUGUGUGU